AGGCAGUAGGGAAGGGGGGAGAAAGUUGGUUGACUUGCAGAAAAGUAAAGCUUUCCAGUGGCUCCUACUGCACUUUGCACUAGAGACCCUCAGUCCACCCGAAGCUGGAGGAUGGAGCCAGAGCUCUCGCCUGAGCUCGCAAGAAUGCCCCUUGGGGAAAAUGGGAGUGCCCACUUGGUGCCCGACACAGCCCUGCUACCCCCAGGGAAGAGUACGGCCAUGUUCAUCAUCCGCUGUGUGAUCCCGUCGCUUUACCUGCUCAUCAUCACUGUCGGCUUGCUGGGCAACAUCACCCUCAUGAAGAUCUUCAUUUCCAACAGUGCCAUGAGAAGUGUGCCCAACAUCUUCAUCUCCAGCCUUGCUGCUGGUGAUCUGCUGCUGCUAGUGACCUGUGUCCCCGUGGAUGCCUCUCGGUAUUUCUCUGAGGAGUGGCUCUUUGGGGAGCUGGGCUGCAAGCUCAUUCCUGUCAUCCAGCUCACCUCUGUUGGUGUCUCUGUCUUCACUCUUACUGCCCUCAGUGCUGACAGGUACAAAGCAAUUGUAAAUCCCAUGGACAUCCAGACCUCCAGUGCAGUGCUAUGGACCUGUCUUAAAGCCACUGCCAUUUGGAUAAUCUCCAUGCUCCUAGCAGUUCCUGAAGCAGUGUUCUCCGAACUGGCUCACAUCAAUGACACAGAUAAUGCCACUUUCACAGCGUGCAUACCAUACCCCAUAACAGAUGAAAUGCACCCAAAGAUCCAUUCUGUGCUGCUUUUCCUUGUGUAUUUCCUUGUCCCUCUUGUGAUUAUUAGUAUCUACUACUAUCAUAUUGCAAAGAGUUUAAUAAAAAGUGCUCACAACAUCCCUGGAGAAUACAGUGAGCAUUCCAAAAGACAGAUGGAAACUCGAAAACGUCUGGCAAAAAUUGUUCUAGUUUUUGUCGGCUUCUUUGCUAUCUGCUGGUUUCCUAAUCAUGUGCUAUACAUGUACCGAUCUUUUCAUUACAAUAAGAUUGAUCCAUCAACAGGACAUAUGGUUGUUACCUUAGUGGCCCGAGUGCUAAGCUUCUGCAACUCUUGUGUCAACCCAUUUGCACUGUAUUUUCUCAGUGAGAGUUUCAGAAGGCAUUUCAACAACCAGCUUUGCUGCAGGAAGAAAGCUCAGCAAGAGAGAUCUGCCAGCUACUUGCGCAACUCUUCUGCCAUUCAAAUGACUUCCCUGAAAAGCAAUACCAGGAACACAGUAACUACCAUGACACAACUGAAUGGGCACAACUUGAAACAAGAAAUGUCAUUAUGAUUUAAUAUGUGUGAUUUUUGACUGUGAAACAAAUUUGAACAUUUUAUUUGCAGUUUGUAACUCACUUUUGGCUCUUGUGAUUAGAUGCUCUGAGUUCUCAGAAUAGAGGAUCUCUCAAAGUCUGGCCAGUAUGAAGUUAUCUCACACCUACUCUGACUCGUAGAUAGAAAUGAACAGUACAUUCUAUUGAGAAACCAAAACUGACUGGUGUUACACUGUACUUUAAAGGAGAUGCUAGUAUGUGUUUAACCUAAAGGAAAGCAGAGUAUCUGAUAUAAUAUUGCUUCAAAAAGUAUAGAUUUUCUGAUCUGAAAAAUAUGUAUUUUCAACUGAAUAUUGAUCCAGGCUUAUGUUCUACUCUAAUAGAUUUUGUGUUAUUUUAGCUGUGUGGUAUUUACAAACAUUGCUCAUUAAGACUGUUAGGCAUUUUGAACUCAAUUAAAGGGCCAUUUCAACACAUAGAUUCUAGUUUCAGAUAAAAAAAAAAUAUUCAAGUAUUGAGUGCCGGGUCUUUACCUCAUUUAAAUCCACCUUGUUUGUUCACUUUGGUAGACAUACAUGAUGAGAUUUUACUCUUUGAGCAUUCUGUUUGCUGCUAAGGUCAGAAGUUUAUCUGUUAAAAUGUCAUUCUUUUCAUGGUUAACAUAUCAAAUGGAAAAUGUGUGCAUCAUGCAGGUUUUCUAUAACUCAGUGUCUGAAAGCUCAUUUCUCUAACUGUUAAGGCUAUGGCACCAUUGGUUUAGAGUUUCUGCAUGCUAUAUAUUUGCUGCUAACUGUUCAUAUCAGUACACAGCUAAGAAGGAUGCUAAGUGUACUGGGAGGCUCAAACAUUCAAAAAAGUGAAAUUUGGAGUGGCUACUUCACACAAGUUCUGUAGCAAGUCUUCAUACAGCUCAGAACAGUCUCAAAGUGCAAAACCCAGAUUAAUACCAGACAAAACCAAACUGACGGAUGCCCUGCAGGAGCACACUCAACAUACUCUGGUCACUAAUGAUCAUCCAGACCAUGGGGCCAGACAAGUCCUAGUCUGAAACAACCCCCAGCUAAUCAAACAUGGGUAGCUGGCAUGAGUAGCUGGCAUUGGUUGAUCAGUACCAGCUGUUUGCUUCCUGUGUUUAGAGCACAUGUCUUAUGAGGAGUUUCUGAAUGAGCUAGGAUUGUAUAGUCUGGAGAAAAGGAGGCUCGGGGGGACCUUGUCAGUCUCUACAACUCCCUGAAAGGAAAUUGAAACCACGUGGGGGUGAGCCUCUUCUUCCAAGUAAUAAAUGACAAGCUGAGAGGAAAUGGCUUCAAGUUGCAUCAGAGAAGGUUUAGAUCGGAUAUGAGGAAAAUAUUUUUCACUGAAAGGGUGGUCAGGCAUAUUUGAAUAGGCUACCUAGGUAAGUGCUGGCAUCAGCAUCCCUGGAAAUGUUCAAAAACUAUGUGUAUGUAUCAGUUGGGGAUAUGGU